CUAUUCAAUGAUGUCAUAGGAAAGCUACCUCUAUGUUCCAUCCAGAAUGCCGUAAUUAAUGGGAGAGAUAUAGUGAUCCACCUGAGCCAACAGGAGAGGGUCAGCAGUGAAUCCCAGAUGUUAAUCAUGGUGCAGGUGAUUAACAACAUGGAUGAAUUUAAAGAGUUGUUGCGGGCUGCUGGGAGCAGGCUUGUGGUGGUGGAGUUCUCAGCAAGGUGGUGUGGCCCCUGCAAAAGGGUUGGUCCCAUUUUCCAGGCAAUGUCUUUAAAAUACCAAAACGUCACGUUUGCUAAUGUGGAUGUGGACUCAUCAAAGGAAUUGGCUCAACUUUGUCACAUCAAAGCCGUGCCCACAUUUCAGAUGUUCAAGCACACCAAAAAGAUUUAUGAAUUUCAAGGAGCUGAUGAACAAAAGCUGGAAGCGAAGAUUCAAGAGCUCAUGUGAACUGCCACCCAAAAGCAAACAUACCUGUGACGUUUUCUGAAGCCUCAGCAAGUGUUCUGUGUUUUGAUUUUCAGCAUGCUCUGUCACCUGCUUUCUCUCAGUCUCUCUCCUGA